AUGGCCGUCAAGAUGAUCAUUUUCGCCGCCUGCGUGGCCACCGCUCUCACCCAAUACGCCGCACCCUCUUACAAGCCAGCGUACUCAGCACCCGCUUACUCAGCACCAAAGGCUUACGCCCCGGAACCCGCCUACGCACCCACACCGUACAACUUCGAGUACAGCGUAAACGACCCACACACCUACGAUGUCAAGAGCCAAUCAGAGUACAGCGACGGCAACGGUUACGUCAAAGGAUCGUACAGCCUUUUGGAAGCCGACGGUUCCACCCGCACCGUUGAAUACACAGCCGAUGACUACAACGGUUUCAACGCCGAAGUCAAGAACUCCGCCCCUGCCUACAAGCCAGCUUACGCUGCACCCGCUUACUCUGCACCGGCUUACGCUGCACCAGCUUACCCAGCACCCGCAUACUCAGCUCCGGCUUACAAGCCAGCGCCGUACAAGGCAUACUAA